AAAGACGGGCGAGGUCCCAGACGACAAACGCUAAUCGAGCCCGUCACACUAGAUUCAACGAUGAAGGACACCACCGUGACUAAAUCGAGCUCCUCUUUGAGAACGCUGUCUUAAACUGUCCCAGGCAAGCAGUGCAAAGCAGUUUAAGUUGUACAAUAACUUCACGAGCAACUCGUGAAGAUGACCACCAAUAUGACCAACUUUUGAAGCCCUGUGUGGACUGUAUAAAAGCCUUUCGCCAAUCUCCCACAACAUCCAUGUGUAUCAUUUUUAUAAAAUUUGACCCCCGGCCUGCAUCAAAAACUGCAUACAGGCUAAUUUUGGCUGCAAACAGAGAUGAGUUCUACAACAGACCAUCAAAGCCUGCAGAUUUUUGGGGGACCAAUAGUGACAUCCUCAGUGGUCUAGACCUGGAAUUUGGAAAAGAAGGAGGAUCAUGGCUGGGGAUCAACAAGAACGGAAAGCUAGCUGCAAUCACCAACUACCUGGAAGGACGACCCAACCCAGAUGCCCAAGGACGAGGUUUCCUUGUUUCCAAUUACCUUGUAGACACGGACUUGGACUGCUACUCCUACCUAAAGAAGGUCUCAACAGAAGGUCACCUUUAUAAUGGCUUCAACCUUCUCACAGCAGAGUUUAAAGCCAAGCAAGAUCACGUGUGUUACUAUGGAAACAGAGGCAGCACGGAACCCAUGCGUCUAAAAGCAGGAAUCUACAGCUUGAGUAAUUCCCUUCUGGACACCCCGUGGAAGAAACUCCUGCAAGGCAAGCGGCACUUCACCAGCGUCGUCAACAACCAGCCCUUGUCCAGUGAUGGACUGGUGCAAGAGCUGCUGGCUGUGCUUAAUAAUGAAGAGCUGAAUUCACCUGAUCCCGCUCAAGAGAGCCAAGGUGAAGGUUGCAGCAAGUCCAUGAUCCAGGCUGUGUCAGCCGUGUGCGUUCGCACUCCUGAUUAUGGCACAAGGUUGGUGACUAGGCUGACUAAGCCCAGAUAUCAACAAAGCAUCCCCCUGGCUGGGGCUCAGGACCAAUACGAUUAUCCUGAUUGAUGCGGAGGGGAACGUGACCUUCACAGAGCGCACCAUGCUUAGUUGUGACACAAACAACUGGUGCACCAGUUCUUUCCGAUUCAAGCUGCACACAUGAAGAAGUCAUAUAGGAAACUUCAUUUUGUGCCUCGAAGUCACGCUGAUUCUGGCUUUAUCGUCACCAAAUCAUCAUUUAAUAUCUGAAGCCCCUGUCACUCGAGAAACUCGGCAGCAUCUACCAAACGUGGCUGCUUCGGUUUGUUGUUUUUAUUCGUAAGCUAUAAAUGAUCUCUGAAAAUAAUUUCAAAGAUUGCCAAAGACAUUGUUUUUUUGAUGAAGUUGUUUUUAAAUUCUGCAGAUAUGUUGUCGACUGCUGACAGCAUCAAUUAAUCAGUGGAUGGGACUGCUUUUUUUUUUUUUUCCCAAACACCUCCUAUCCUGAUUUGUCAAUAGUUAUUGGUGUUUUAUACAUCCAUUGCAAGUUUUUGAAAAGUCAGCUUAACCAUGUGUGUUCAUCUUUUCAUUGAAACUAUUGAUUCGGUGGAAUGGUGGUGAAGCUGGUAAAGCGUCGGCCUCACAGUUCUGAGGUCCCGGAUUCAAUCCUGGACCCGCCUGUAUGGAGUUUGUAUGUUCUCCCCGUGCCUGUGUGCAUUUUCUCCGGGCACCCCGGUUUCCUCCCACAUUCCAAAAACAUGCAACAUUAAUUGGACACUCGAAAUUGCCCCGAGGUGUGAUUGUUUGUCCCGAUGUGCCCUGCGAUUGGCUGGCAACCAGUUCGGGGUGUACCCUGCCUUCUGCCCGUUGACAGCUGAGAUAGGCCUCCAGCACUCCCUGCGACCCUCGUGAGGAUGAGCGUUAAAGAAAAUGGAUGGAUGGAACUAUUGAUUCACUUUACAUCAACCACACAUUUAGGUUUUUUGGGGGGGUUAUGAUGAAAACACAGGGAAUAAAACUUUAUGGUAUUGCAGAUAGGUAUCAUGUUCCGUUGUGAGUUUUAUUUUG